AUGCCCCUCAUCCGCAAACGCCGUGCCGACCCCCCACCUACUCACCCCUCAAACUCCUCCGCACCAGAAUCAUCAUCAGGGUCCGAAGAAGAACAAGACCAAGGACCAACCCCUCAACGCCGUCGCACAACAAACCAAACCCAAGCAUCCGCCUCCGACAGCGACGACGAUGCAACCCACCACCCGAGCAGCACAGACGUGAUGGUGAAGAAGAUGGUCCGACUGGCCCUGGCCUGCGAGUAUGCGCGGCUGCCGAUUCGCAGGGCGGAGAUCGGUGCGAAAGUGCUGGGCGAGCAAGGGGCGAGACAGUUCAAGGUGGUGUUUGAGGCAGCGCAGAAGGUUUUGCGGGAGAAGUUUGGCAUGCAGAUGGUUGAGUUGCCGGUGAGGGAGAGGGUUACGAUUCAUGAUCGGCGGGCGGCCCAAAAAGUCGAAAAACCCUCCUCUUCAAACAAAUCCUGGAUCGUGGGAAGUACAUUACCAGCCGCGUACAGACGUCCGGAGAUUCUACCACCGACGAAGGCCCCGUGGGAGAGUACCUAUACCGGAUUAUAUUCGUUUAUUAUCGCCGUGAUCUUGUUAAACGGGGGAUCAUUACCGGAGCAGAAGCUGGAGCGGUAUUUGGCGCGGACGAACGCCGAUACGUAUACGCCGAUUGAUCGGACGGAUCGGUUACUGCAGCGGCUGGUUAGAGACGGGUAUCUGAUUCGCCUGCGGGAGAUGGAUGGCGGCGAGGAGGUGAUUGAGUAUAUGGUGGGACAGAGGGGGAAGAUGGAGGUUGGGACUGCGGGCGUGGCGGGCUUGGUGAGGGAGGUUUUUGGGAGUGGGAAUAUGACGGCGGAGCAGAGGGAGGAUUUUGAGGGGAGGUUGGCGAGGAGUUUGGGUAUUAAGCAGCCUGAACCGCGCGAGGAGGAGGAAGGGGAGGAGCAGAAUGGGGAUGUGGAGGGGGAGGGAACGCAGCGAAGACAGUCGCAGAGACGUAGGAGAGCGGAAGAGGAAGAAGAAGAAGAAGAAGAAGAGGAAGAGGAAGAGGAAGAGGAAGAGGAAGAGGAAGAGGAAGAGGAAGAUGAAGAGGAUGGGGAUAGUGAUUGA